GAGGUCUCCCAGGAACAGACCCCAGGAAGUGCUGCGUAUGCUGGAGACUUUGGAUUCAAGGUGUUGACCUCUUCUGACCCGGCUGAGAAAACCAAAAAGCUUAAUGCCGAAAUCGCUAACGGAAGACUUGCGAUGAUGGCCAUCAUCGGCAUGUUUUUCCAGGAUGGUCUGACCGGAAGCGCCUGGGGAGACUGGGCCAACUACACAGCAUCUCCUUUGCGCGCAUUCGAGAAUGAACUCGGCGUGCAGGCGCCCGUGGGUUUCUGGGAUCCCGCCGGCUUUACCGCCGACGGAAGCGUGGAGGACUUCAAGCGACGUCGCGCCACCGAGAUCAAGCAUGGUCGCAUUUCGAUGUUGGCCACCAUGGGAUACAUCACCCCAGAGAUCACUGGCAAAUUCCCUGGCUACUUAUCUCCAUCCGCCGGUUUGAAGUUCGCCGACGUGCCUAAUGGUUUGGCUGCCAUCUCAAAGGUCCCAGCCGCAGGAUGGGGUCAGAUCUUGGCCUACAUGGCUUUCUGCGAGGUCUCCCAGGAACAGACCCCAGGAAGUGCUGCGUAUGCUGGAGACUUUGGAUUCAAGGUGUUGACCGCUUCUGACCCGGCUGAGAAAACCAAAAAGCUUAAUGCCGAAAUCGCUAACGGAAGACUUGCGAUGAUGGCCAUCAUCGGCAUGUUUUUCCAGGAUGGUCUGACCGGAAGCGCCUGGGGAGACUGGGCCAACUACACAGCAUCUCCUUUGCGCGCAUUCGAGAAUGAACUCAGCGUGCAGGCGCCCGUAGGUUUCUGGGAUCCCGCCGGCUUUACCGCUGACGGAAGCGUGGAGGACUUCAAGCGACGUCGCGCCACUGAGAUCAAGCAUGGUCGCAUUUCGAUGUUGGCCACCAUGGGAUACAUCACCCCAGAGAUCACUGGCAAAUUCCCUGGCUACUUAUCUCCAUCCGCCGGUUUGAAGUUCGCCGACGUGCCUAAUGGUUUGGCUGCCAUCUCAAAGGUCCCAGCCGCAGGAUGGGGUCAGAUCUUGGCCUACAUGGCUUUCUGCGAGGUCUCCCAGGAACAGACCCCAGGAAGUGCUGCGUAUGCUGGAGACUUUGGAUUCAAGGUGUUGACCGCUUCUGACCCGGAUGAGAAAACCAAAAAACUUAAUGCCGAAAUCGCUAACGGAAGACUUGCGAUGAUGGCCAUCAUCGGCAUGUUUUUCCAGGAUGGUCUGACCGGAAGCGCCUGGGGAGACUGGGCCAACUACACAGCAUCUCCUCUGCGCGCAUUCGAGAAUGAACUGGGUGUGCAGGCCCCCGUGGGCUUCUUUGAUCCCUUUGGCAUGACCAAGGAUGGCGAUCUGGAGGCCUUCAAGCGUCGCCGUGCGACCGAGUUGAAGAAUGGUCGGGUGGCCAUGUUGGCAACCAUGGGAUACAUCGUCCCAGAAUACUUUCGCUUUCCAGGAUACUGCUCUCCAUCGGAGGGUGUGAAGUUUGCGGAUAUUCCCAAUGGCUUGGCUGCCUUGAGCAAGGUCCCUGCGGCGGGCUGGACCCAGUGGAUCCUCUUCCUGGGCCUCAUCGAAAAGGGCAUCUACACCUACGACCCCACCAGGGCCCCAGGGGACUACAAAAACGCGGGGGUGCUGGGGGUGCCCAACGGCAGCACCAUGACACCUGGUGAGGGCCGCAACCGCAAGCUGAACUCGGAGUUGGCCAAUGGCCGACUGGCCAUGAUGGCCAUCAUCGGCAUGUUCUUCCAAGAUGGCCUGACGGGCAGUGCCUGGGGAGACUGGGCGCAGUAUACCGAGUCUCCCCUGCGCGCCUUUGAGAAUGAGCUGGGCGUGCAGGCGCCGGUGGGCUACUUUGAUCCAAUGGGCAUGUCCAAGGACGGCGACUUGAAGACCUUCCGCCGGCGCCGCGAGGCCGAACUGAAGAAUGGCCGGGUGGCGAUGUUCGCCACCAUGGGUUUCAUCCUGCCAGAGUACUUCCGCUUCCCUGGCUAUUUGUCGCCUGCGAAAGACAUCAAGUUUGCGGAUGUUCCCAAUGGCCUCGCAGCCUUGGGGAAGGUGCCGCUGACGGGCUGGAUCCAAAUCCUGAUCUUCUGCGGUAUGGUGGACUUCGGUCUCUACAGGGCUGAUGAGUCUCGUGAUCCUGGUGACUAUGAGAACGCCGGUAUUUUGGGAGUGCCCAACGCCAGCGGCCCCAUGAGCGACGUGGAGGGACGCAAGAGGAAGUUGAACUCCGAACUGGCGAACGGCCGCCUGGCAAUGGUGGCAAUUACUGGCAUGCUCUUCCAGAAUGGAAUGUUUGGCACCACUGGUCCUGCCAUGUGGGGCUUUGGCUCCUAAGCACGCCAGGCAUCGCGGAAGCUGCAAGGGUUACCAGCCUGGUGGAAAAUGUCGCGGUGCCGCGAUGUUUUUUCAUGGAGGGUCUCCAGGUGUCGGGGAUGAUUUUUUUUAUCCCUGUCGGUUGAUGAGGCUUUAAGCCAUGAGAUAUAUUAGGGUGGUCCCUGGUGGUCCCAUAUAUUGAGAGAAGAAACUUUGCCCGGCAUUUGAGCAAAAACUGACUCAAACUGUUUGGUCAUCAUUUGCCGGAUGAUCAUAUAUGAUCAUUGUGUCCGUCCUGUUACAUUUCCAUUGAACGAAUCCACUGAUUGCUCGGCCCUGACACAUUCUGGUUUGGUGAUUUUCUCAGGGCCUUGAAGCAUUCCAUUCUUUGGCUUCGGAAGCCAUGACUGGAUCUAUAUAUUAAUUGUUUAGAAGGACCCCAUUCAGAAUUGGGCGUCCACGCUUAAAUCCAUUCUCCAGGAUGAGCGUUACAAAG